AUGGUCUUCGAGGAGACCCACGUUGCCCUGCAGCUGCGCGUCAACGCGCUGUUCGGCGACCUGCGCGACCUGCGCGUCGAGUUCCUCGCGCAGCACGACUCCUGGCAGGAGGCCGUCCAGCGCGGCGACCUGCCGAGUGUCAAGCUCGCCUGCGGAGGCCUGCGCCGCCUGCUCCUGGAGUCGGUCGCCUUUGGCUGCCUGCUGCGCGAGGCGGAGCAGCGGGCGGAGCGGCGCUUUGCUUUCACGCAACGUAUUCUCGCUCCAAGGACUGGCCUGGACGACUUCGGCGUGCUCACGGACGCCAACGGAGACCCGCUGCUUCCCACCUGA